GACUGGGUCAAAGAGGGAGGUAAAGGGGACGUUUUCUUUGUUUUAGCUUAUGUAACCUCAGCCUUAAGGCCAGGUGUGCUGUUUUGUUCCCUAGGCCAAGCAUCAGAACACCCUAGAAGACUUAACUGAAAGAAUGCUCAUGUUUGACCCAGUCCCUGUCAAGCAAGAGGCCAUGGACCCUGUCUCAGUGUCCUACCCAUCGAAUUACAUAGAAUCAAUGAAGCCCAACAAAUAUGGGGUCAUUUACUCCACACCAUUACCUGACAAGUUCUUCCAGACCCCAGAAGGCCUUACGCAUGGGAUACAGAUGGAGCCAGUGGACCUCACUGUGAACAAGCGUGGCUCCCCGCCCUCUGCGGGCAGCUCUCCUUCCUCCCUGAAAUUCCCAUCUCACCGGAGGGCGUCCCCUGGCCUGAGCAUGCCCUCCUCCAGCCCGCCCAUCAAGAAGUACUCACCGCCUUCUCCUGGCGUGCAGCCCUUCGGAGUGCCGCUGUCCAUGCCGCCCGUGAUGGCAGCCGCGCUGUCCAGACAUGGGAUCCGGAGCCCAGGCAUCCUCCCGGUCAUCCAGCCCGUCGUGGUACAGCCUGUCCCGUUUAUGUACGCCAGCCACCUCCAGCAGCCACUCAUGGUCUCCUUGUCAGAAGAGAUAGACAAUUCAAACAGUAGCAUGCAAGUACCCGUAAUUGAAUCAUACGAGAAGCCCAUACUGCAGAAAAAAAUUAAAAUAGAACCUGGAAUUGAACCACAGAGGACAGACUAUUACCCUGAAGAAAUGUCACCCCCUUUAAUGAACUCAGAGUCCCCCCCGCAAGCACUGCUUCAAGAGAACCACCCUUCGGUCAUAGUUCAGCCGGGAAAGAGACCCCUCCCUGUGGAGUCCCCGGAUGCCCAGAGGAAGCGGAGGAUACACAGGUGUGACUAUGAGGGCUGCAACAAAGUCUACACUAAGAGCUCACACCUGAAAGCGCACAGGAGGACUCACACAGGAGAAAAGCCCUACAAAUGCACCUGGGAAGGCUGCACGUGGAAGUUUGCCCGGUCCGAUGAGCUAACAAGACAUUUCCGAAAGCACACUGGAAUCAAACCUUUCCAGUGUCCAGACUGUGACCGAAGCUUCUCCCGCUCCGACCACCUUGCCCUGCACAGGAAACGCCACAUGCUAGUCUGAAAGCCUUGCCUCCACCCAGUGUGACUCCCACUCCUCCUGGCUCUGUCUCUCUCUGCUCCUCCUGCCCAUUAUCUAACUCAUUUUUUAUAUGUACAUCUUAAUUUCGAUUCAGCUGGUCUGAAUCUCUGAAUUUAUAUCAUCAGGACUUCUGUAUGGUCAGUAGUUGAUACUCCAGCCCUCCCUCUCCUUACCACGGGUCAGACCUAAAGAAUGUGAACACUUUUUUCUGGGGAUGCUAAGCAGACCCUCCUUACAGAUACGUUUAAUGUAACGAGAACAAGGGAACAUGUAAACAAGAACGACCAAUUUGUCGGGUUCUCCACGUAUUCCUCAAAAGAAUGUCAGAGUAAAUGUAUUAGAGAUGCAGUAUCCAGCCUGCUAGUCCUUGCCAGAGACCUUCGUACCUCUGCCACAUUUUGUGUUUGACCACAAAAAGAAUUCGGUCCUUUCACCGAGGUGCAGGCUGAGCCCACCCCUCCGCCAGUGCUCCCCCACCGCUUACUCGGCCUGGAUUACCAACUCACCUGAAUCAAGACCUUUGUCCUGUGGCGCCUGCAGCUUCUGUGUCCCUCGGAGUGUGGGGAAGAAGCCGUUGAUGCUGAGAAUGGAGGAGGAAGUCAGCAGUUUCUGGCUAGGACCCUCUGGGCCAUUACCAUUAGCUGCCGCCAAUCUUAAUGUCCAUCCCCAGCAGAACUCGGCUGUGCACACCUUGCUGCCAGGCUGGAUUCAGAGCCGGUGUUCGGGGUCGCCACCUCCGUUUCUGCAGGAUCCGUCAUUGUGGAUCAUGAAGCCCUGAGUGUAAGGAGUCCACAAAAAAUAUUUUCCCGUAAAUGUAAAAACAAACACACACAAUGGUCUCUUUUCCCCCCAACCCUUUUUUUUUUCAAACAGGAAAACCUUGAGUGGUACUUAUAUUCCCAUGUCCAAUUAGUCACAUAGCUUUCAUAUGGAGCCUUUCUGUGUGAGCUGUAUGGUGCCAAACCAGCUGUCACUGUGUCCAUGACACAGCAGAAGAGAGCAGCCACUAAACUUGAGGGAAGUCAUUCAACUAAGACCUGAGUGACACCAUCUGUAAAUAUACCUAGUGUGAAGCACAUAGAUCUUUAUUUUGGUGACAGGUUUUUUAAAAACUAGAGAAAACCACAAUUCAGGGAUUUAUAUAUGUAGCUUGAAGAUUCCCACAUGUCUGCAGGAGCUAGCAAUUUCCUGUCGCUACUAUGUAUCCUGUUAGGACAAACUAAAAACAAUGACUCAAGUCGAUGUUGCAGAUAAGUAGCACCAUUUUGGGGAUGGGGGGAGGGUUUUGUUUUUGUUUUUUUUUUUUUGUUUUUCAAAAGCAGGCUUUUGAACUCCAUAGUCUAACCGCCAACUAAAACAAUUCACACGUAGAAAUGCCAUUGCUUAUAAAUUGGGAAAAAUGGGCACGAUGGUUGGUUAUGGUUGCGAGUGGCCUUUUAUCCCCUCAGGAAGGAUGGAGGAGAAGCGGGGAGGACCCUGAAAAUUCAUCCCAGCCACAACUCGGGAUCCAGCACAGCCUUACCCGGGAGGAACACCUAGGUGAUGUUCUUGGCCGUCACUGAGUGGGUCGGCCCUGGAGGCUGCGCCCGCGCAGGGGUCUUCUGUGCUCAGAGUUGCUCUCGGGAGGCCCUGCUGAGCGCUGAGAGCCAGCUGAGGGGAAUGUGGGUGAAAACUGCAAAGACAUGUUCUGGCACUUGGCUUCCUUUUUUUUUUCUUUGCAAGCUAUCAAAGCAUGCUCAUUUGGGCUCUUGCUUUUCUCUUUGCAACUAUGACAUGGAUUGAGGAGUGGAAGGUCUCCGGGAAAAGCAGGGUCUCCGUUGCCUUCAUGCCAGCGCCACCGUGGCUUGUAAUGGUUCUUCUGCGGUGCACUGAAGAAUCCAGUUUGGUUUUUUGUUGUUUCAGUUGGUGUGUUCCAACCCAGUAAGAAGGGGGGAGGGUACAAGGAAGGACAGAAUUAGCUUUGCUUCCGCUUCACACCAGGGUAUGGUUAAUAGCUUCAUGACGUGUUUAAAUAUGACAUUUAAAUUUUGUUCAAAAGUCCAUAUUAUGUUACUCUUUAGCUUGCUUAGAUCAUGUUAACAGUUCAGUCAGAAAGAUCCAUUUUAACUCUGAAAGAAAAGUAACCCAGAGAAGCCAUUCUCUGUUCCCAUGCUGGUCUGAUAUACUUUUAGUUAAUUGGCCUUUGCCAAAUUUCCUUUGUAUACAUAUAUAUAUAUAUAUAUACAUAUAUGUAUGUAUUUGUAUUUUACUAUGAUAGUUAAGAAAUUUAGUUUCUUAGUUUUUCUUUUUGUUUUGUUUAUAGCUGUUUUUAUUUUUAUUUUUUUUUGGUUUUUGUUUGUUUGUCUGUGGAAGAUACAAGAUGCGACGCCAUGCCAUGUUCCUUCAGUGGUGAUUCAGUCGCAGUAAAUUGAGAACAGGCUAUAAAAAUGAAGUCAGCAGCGUGUAAAUUGUUAUGGAGUUCAUUCAGUUACUGCUCAAGUGUCAUCUUGCGGAAAUCAGAAUCUUGUGUCUGAGUUUUACAAAGGAAGGGUACGUCGUUAAAUGGGCAUUUAGCACCCUAAAGUCACUUGGUUUGGAGACUGUAUGUGGCAUAGCUUAGCUCAGCUAAGACGCUGAGGACACAGAUGGUGCCAGAGCCUUGGAACCGAAUUACAGGGGAAUGAUAUGUCUACGUGUGUUUAUUAAACACCCGCCUGCACUGCCAGCAUUGCACUAAGGUGGACUUGGAGAGACCGUAGCCGAUACAGCAAUCUGCACGGCAUUCCGUAGAUUGUUGUAGACACAAUCUCAGAGAUCAAAGGUUUUAAAGCAAUUUGGUUUGAAACUAGAAUUAUUUUGAAGGAAUGGCUAACGUACAUGAAGUCACUUGAGGUUUUAUUCUCUUCUUGGUCAAGGUUAACAGUUUUUAAAUGAUUGCAAAUUCACUUAAGUAACACAUUUACAAAGCCAUCUUACAUGCAUUAAACGAGGGCUACAAUGUGUUUCACAAGUACUAGCACUUUUUUUCCUGUUCUGUAUGUAAUGUUAGAGGGUCAGAAUAAUCUUUCUGCUUAGCAUCUCCUAACCCUGCCUGCAAGCAUAGCAGGGCUAUUACAUUUACAGUACUUUAAUACUUGUAUAAACUAUGCAGAAAUUUUUAAUAAAGUGUAAUAUAUUUUAUAAGCUAAUAAGACUGAAUGGGUAAAGGUUUUUAGCAUGCAUUGGUAUACUUGCAAAUACUGAAACAUUUUGGUAAUCUUUCUUACUAAAGAUGUGAAUGUUUAAUGUACCUUCUCUGUGUCUACCCUGUAGUCCAAUGGGAAUUCAGUAAUGACAUUCUGUCAUGUCAAACUGUGAACAUAAAUUUGUACUGUACAGUCCUCAUAUACUAUAUACAGUAUGCAAUAUCUGUAUUAUAUACUUGUUAAUAAAACCAUAUGAAUAUUA